UGUUUACUUGGAGGCUUCCAACCGUUCACUUGGUUGUUAAAUUGCCUAUCGGUUCGUUGGUAUACUGCCGUGUUCUGGUAAUCUGAGACCUGAAAAACAGCCCAGACAUCGAGCAGAGAUGGAUAUUCUCACUGUGCUGCCGUCCAGCUUCGGUUAUGUCAUAUUUAUUUACCUCUACAGUUGGACGAUGCUGGGGUAUUUAGGAGUCAAGGUUUCAGCUGCCAGGAAGAAGUACGAUGUUCAGUAUCCCACUAUGUACAGUGACAAGGAGAAAGUGUUCAACUGUAUCCAGAGAGCACACCAGAACACUCUUGAGGUGUAUCCUCAGUGGCUUGUUUUCCAGACCAUUGCAGCUCUUGUUUAUCCGUUAACAGCAUCUGUGCUGGGAGCUAUUUGGGUGACCAGCAGGUUCUCCUAUGCCUGGGGGUACUACACAGGAGAUCCAGCCAAGAGGAUGAAUGGUGCCUAUGGCUACAUUGGAUACUUUGGAGUCAUUAUUCUGUCCAUAUCUGUAGCCUUGCAAUUGAUUGGUGUCUUUUAAGAUGAAUGCCAUCUUCUAGUUGCCCAUCUGACUUACACGUUUGCUCAUUUACACUGGCUUGCAUAACAUUUUCAAAUGUAUCAACAAUAAAGUAUCUGUACAAUUCUUUAAAUGCUUAUUUCAAAUUAUGAUGCAAAUCAUAUUUUUAUGGACCACUAACUUGAUAUUGAUGUUUUUUAUUCCAUGUUGUGAAUGUUUACUCUGUGUAAUCAUUGACAAUAAAGUACAUACUAACUGAU